GUGAGUGUAACCAUUAUUAAGCAAUGAACGAGUUAUCUUUGAGCAAUAAAUUAAAUCCAAUAAACCAUUGAACGAUCACAGUUUGAAGAUCGCGCUUGAUCAAUAUGAAUGACGCGUGAGAUAGUGAAUGAUAGUAAGAUUGUGAAUCAUGAGAUACUGAGAUAAUGGCUUAGAUAAUUUGCGAAUAUAUCGGUAUCACAUUUACAAUCUAAAACGUACCUACAGUAUAGAAAUUCUGGUGGAUAUCAUUGAACCUUGAUUUAUGUUAAUUGUGCGAGUCACCAAUACUCAACAAACGCAAUUGAACGUUGGACAGUAAAAUAACCGAAAUUAGCACGUGUAAUUCGUGUAUUGGUCAGGUGAUGUCGAAAAAUUGAAAAGUUGUGAUAACAUUUUAUGUAAUAAAAAUGUCGACAUUUCAACCGGAUUUUCAAGUAGUGUAUAAACUCAAGAACAAGGCUGACUCACUGCCGUUUGUUGUAGAUAACGCAGUGGAUAGUUGGCAGGUAGUAGUCGACUAGAUUGUUUAACUUGAUUAGAUAUUGUUUUAAAAAUUUAAAGAGUCAUGAGCACAAAAGUGUAGAAUCAAGCAUUCACCCAGUGCAUCGUUAACUGAGAAAUUUGACACAUCAAUUUACGAAAUGGUGAGGCAAGUAUUGAAAAAAGAAUUGAGAUUGCACAAUUGUGGUUUUAGUCAUGAUCCUGUGGAUUCGUUGGUGCGUUCGCAAUGGCAAUCAACGUCGAAAAAUGUAUUUUAUUUGAUCUAUCGAUGGCUAGUUGCAAUCUUUGUUGUGGCAGUGGUGGGCAUUGCAUUAGAAGCUCACCCCCGUAAACAUAGUGUAGGCAUUUUCUUUAUAUAUUUUACACGUUGGGGCAUCACAAUCAACAUGAUAGUCGGCGUUUACGGUGCAGUGUUAGUUACCAUUUGGCAUUUCCACACAGACUACCAAGCUUAUAUCAAACGCAUAGAUACAGCUAAUAUUUUAUCACACGCAAUGAAUUCAGUCAUAAUGUUCAUUGAUAUUCUUAUCGUGGCUUAUCCGAUGAGAUUGUACCAUAUUAUUCAGCCGCUUUGCUUUGCAGCUUGUUAUGGGGUGUUUUCGUAUAUUUAUUAUGUGUGUGGCGGAGUUAAUGAAUUCGGAAACCAUUUUAUUUAUCCGGUAUUGAACUGGGAAACGCCAGAAAAAGCACUAACUACUACCGUAGGAAUUUUUAUACUGCUUGUUAUUGUGCACAUGGCUCUCUUUUGCGUUUACAAACUGCGCGUAUUCACUCAACGGUGGCUAUUCACAACUGAGUUUGUAUUGCCGACUACAAAAAACCAAGCAACAGAAAGAACGGAAAGAAUAAAUCAGUGAAAACCGAACCAAACUAGAAUUGUCAAUAAUUAAAUCUAGCAUCUAUUUAUAAUUUUAUAAUGAAAUGAUGGAGUGAAAAAAAUUCGGAGUACGUAUGUGGGACAAUCGCGUCGUACACUGAACUUGUAUUUUUAAUGAGAUUUUAUUUAUAUUCAUUUCAUUACUUGUAUCAUUAUGAGCGCCCGUGGAAGCAAUUGAUUGACACUAGGAAGCUAAAUCUUUUUCAAUAAUUUUAAUAAAAGAAAACCUUCCAAUGCAUUUAUCAGUUCAUACGCGGGAUAAGAUAAUUCGCAACCGUUUUUCUGAGCUUCAAUAGAAUUUUUUUGGGGUAUUACUACUAUCG